UCCGUCUCUAUGGUGCCGAGGCUGUCGCAGUUCUGAUGACGCGCCGAGGUCGCUUCCGGCUCCCGCUCCGCUUCCGCUGGUUGCUCGGCUACCGGCGCGGCCUGGCGUUGCUAUGGAGCCCGAUCCGAAAGGGGGCUACGUGCUGAGCAACCUCGCCGAGGUGGUGGAGAGGAUCCUGGGCUUCCUGCCGACGAAGGCGCUGCUGCGCGCGGCCUGGUGAGGGCGGGGCUCCGAGGGGCCGGCGGGGGACAGGCUCGCCCUCCCGGGGAUGCAGGGGGUGGACUAGAUGGCCCGGGGCCCCUUCCCCCUGCGGCCCAGCGCCCUCUUCUCGCAGGGGCCCCGGGGAAGCCCUCGCCCCCUCCUGGGGCUCCCGGAAGCAGCCCCGCCCUUGGCAGCCUUCCCACCCGUGAAUUCACCUAAUCCUCUUCUCAGUCAGUUGUUGGUGCUGAGCCCCCCUGGGUUUGCUUUGCUGCAGCGCAGGCGUGUAACCUGGCGAAGGGGUGGGAAAGCCUCCCCUGGGAGCUUUUCUCUUAUUGGAAAUAUACGAUUUGUCUCCAACUAAGUUUUAUUUGUAGCAGAUUCUUGGAUCAAACUUUGAAAUGAAAGUCCAUGGGCCUACUCCGAGUAUGACCAGCAUUGGAUACAACUCUCUUUUUAUUUUAUGUAAUUGUUGUGUUUGCCAUCUAGAGAACUUCUGUUGCAGGGAAGUAAGAUAAAUUAAUUCAUUCGUUUUCUAGCUGUGCUAGUAUGCAGUAGCGAAAUUGUAAUUGUUCUUCUUUCCUUUUAUUGCCAAUUUUAAAAGACAUUAUAUUAUAUCAUACCAUAUUAUAGUGAAAGCAGAACUUUUCGUGGUAGUGCAAGGCAUUUUACAGUCUGGCCCAAUGGAGGUGAAAGAGCAGAUGUUAGCUAGCUGUGUUUGCAAAGCAUUUUGAGCAUAAAGUCACUUGCAUCUGCUGAGACCUUGACUCCACGAUUACAACAGAUGACUCUCGAGAGGUCUCCAAAGUACUGUCUAGUCCUGUUAUGCUGAAUUAGUUUCAGUUAGUAAGCCUCAAGGAUGUGGACAAGGUGCUUGGAUCGGUCAGGGCAUUGUGGACUCUUGGCUGAUAAAAACUAGCAGGGAGGAUGCAGCUGGCUGGACCAGGGAAGUGGUUUGUGCCUCCUUGCAAGAGGGGCUGGUUCCUGCCUACUUGGGGGAGGCAGUGCUGAAACCACUCCUCAAGAAACCGUCUCUGGACUCAGAAAAUCUAAGUCACUAUCGGCCAGUUGCUGAUCUCUCCUUGAGCAGGUGGUUGUGGACCUGAUCCAGCCGAUCUUGGAGGAAAUUGAUUUUCUAGAUCUGUUUCAAUCAGGGUUUAGGCCCAGUUUUGGCACAGAAAUUGCUUUGGUUAUCCUGAAUGAUGACCUCUGUCAGAAGAGGGGAAAUGUAUCCUUAACCUCUCCUUGGCCUCUCAGAGGCUUUCAGUACCAUCCACCAUGGUAUCCUUCUGCAGCAGCUGUCCAAGUUAGGCGUGAGUGGCUCUGAUUUGCUCUCGUUCUGGUCAUACUUGGAUGGUCAUUUCCCCAGGGUUUGAUUUUAUCCCCCAUGCUGUUCAACAUCUGCAUGAAAUGGCUGAGCAGAGUCAUCCGGAGUUUGGAAUACGUUGUCUGCAAUAUGCUGAUGACACACAGCUCUGCUUCUCCUUUACACCUGGAGGUGUGGCAGUGGUUGUCCUGGACAUUUUUUUUAAAUAAUAAUAAUAUUUAUUAAGUUUUCCAUUUUAACAAUCCAAUAAAAACCACAUUAAUAACAUUCCAAAUUAUAAAAUAAUCAAAUGAUCCAAAUUUUAUGGCAAAUUAUAUGUCUUUGGUUGGCUUCCUAUGCUCUGAGGUUCGGGGGUGAUGAUGAUCUCACAUUUAUGCUGCUUCUCUUAAUUAGUCCAGGUAGUUCCAAUAAAACAAUCGGAUGUUAAUCCUUCAUUUAUUUUUAACAGCCUCUGAGUUCGUCUGGCAAGCGAGUUAAGCCAAUAUCGUAUGUUUCUCUGUGGGUGUUUGUUUGUUUUUUAUUUCUCUCUUUAUAUUCUUUGUACUCCAACAGUCUGUCCGUGGCAUUUCACUUUCGCUUUCUCGCACCUGUGAUUUUCCACUGCGACACGUCCCAAGAUGAAGGAAAUCUGGCUUUCUGCCAAUUGUACCAGGCAUAUGUCCAAACUUCGUUUUAUCUCAUUCCAAGACAAAUAAGUCUGUACUUUAGCUAGAAACCAAUUUCCAUCUUCUAUUCUUAACAAUCUGUUGAAGGUAAUUGCAAAUUCAUAAAUCAUUUCCACACAGUUAAUAGUUAGACCAAAAUUAUAACAAUAAGAAAAUACUCUCCAGUCCCGUUUGUGUACAUAAGCAAUCCGGCAGUCAGCCCUUCCAGGAAGAUUUGCCAAGUAAGAUAGCAAAUACGAAGUAUAUCAAAAAGAAAUAAUGGAGGCUCCCCCCCCUUCCGUUCUGACAUACCAAUCCCGUAGUGAUGGUAAUCCUUCCACUCAAAUCCUUUGGCACCCCAGUGGCUGAAUCAGUUAGCAGUGUAAUUUACCUCCCCUCGCUCAGAGCAUGCCCGUUAAUUAAGUCCAAAUUUCAUCUUUAAAAACAGGUGUUUGUUGCUCAUGGCGGCAGCUUUGGAGUGUUGCCAAAAGUACGCAUGGUGCUUUCCACCCAGUGCCCCCUCAUUCCUUCCAGAUUGGGAGCAAGUGUUGGGAAAUCUGCGGGUGAAGCUGCCCUCCCAAGCCCGGGGGGGGGGGUUGGAAGGAUGAUUACUCUCAUCUCAUCCUCAAAAUCUUCUGUGUGAGACGGCUCCGAUGGAAUGGGCAGCCGGUCAUCAUAGCAGCCAAGCAGGAAGUGGUUGUCCUGGACUAUUGUCUGGGAUGUAUGAGAGCUGACAAACUGAAGCUCAAUCCAGAUAAGACUGAGGCACUAUUAGUUCCCUAGACUGGAAGGGUGAGCGCUUCCCUGCAUGUGUUGGCGAUAUACUUCCUCUGAAGGAUGUGGGGAUACUUCUGAAUCCAUUGUUGUUGCUUGAGACUCAGGUAGCCUCGGUAGCUUUGGCUGAUGGCCCAGCUGCACUCCUAUCUGCACAGGGAUAGCCUAUUGCAGGCAUGGCCAAACUUGGCCCUCCAGCUGUUUUGGGACUACAACUCCCAUCAUCCCUAGCUAACAGGACCGGUGGUCAGGGAUGAUGGGAAUUGUAGUCCCAAAACAGCUAGAGAACCAAGUUUGGCCAUGCCUGACCUAUUGUCUGUUGUCUAUGCUCCAGUGGCCUGUAGGUUAGUUUACUGAACCUUUGGGGCUGCCUCUGAAGAUGAUGCAGAAUGCAGUGGCCAGGCUGCUCACUGGGGCAAGAUGGUUGAAGCAUAUUACACCAAUUCUGGCUUGACUGCAGUGGCUGCCAAUUAGUCUCCAGGCCCAAUUCAAAGUGCUGGUUUUGAUCUACAGUAUAAAGCCUUAAAUGGCUCGAGACUGCAAUACCUCGGGGACUGCCUCUCCCCUUAUGAACCAACCCAGACCCUGCAAUCAUCAUCUGAGACCCUCCUUUGUGUGCCUCCACAAGAGGUCCGGAGGUUGGCAGCAUGAAAACGGGCCUUUUCCAUGGUGACUCCCCAUUUGUGCAAUGCUCUCCCCAGGGAGGUUCACCUGACACCUUCGUUCCAUAUCUUUAGGCACCAGGCAAAAACAUUCCUCUACAUCCAGGCCUUUGGCUAAAGAAUCUAUGGCCUUUAAAACUGGGUGGGUGGUUAUUUCAUUGUUGUAAUAUGUAUAUUUGUGUUUUUAUAUUGUGAACUUCCUGUGAUCCUCAGACAAAGGGUUGUAUAGAACUUUAAUCAUAAUAUAAGUUUAUUUGCAGUGUAAGUUACUGUCUGCUUUCACUUUGGGAAAGGGAAACAAUUGGCUGAGCUUGGCAUAACUUAGGUAUGUUACCAUUACUUGUCCCUUGCUUUUAUACUUCACUCAUCAGGGUAAGUGUUUGAUGGGGAAUGGAAUUAAAAAUGGAGUUGUUUCUGUCUCAUAUAUCUCUUGAGUUCUUGGAAGAUGUUCUGUAUAGCACCUGGUCCCUCCUGGGGAAGAGAAGUGGACAAAUGUUGCCCUUGUCCUGGAAACUUUGCUUGCCAAUGCCUGUCCCUGUUCAGUGCAGCUGGUGCGGGGAGUGGAAUCGCAAGACUCCUCUGAAUGCUGCCUUUCCAAUGGAGCCGAUGGCUGACAUAAGAGAUGCUUUGGCCCUUCUCUUGUUUUCUAGGCAGUGACAGGUGAAGCUUGAUCAAAUUCCAAGACAGAUGCUGAACUUCUCUCUUAGAAAUGCAGGUGUGACUAGGAGGAAAAGGAAUGUCAGAUUGCCAGUGGAGUUGGUAACUGGGGGUACGUAAUAUUUUAGCAGUUUUCCAUGUGAACUGCAUGAGGCCAUAGACUCCUGUAAAGGAACCUGUUAAAAAAAUUCUGAGAUUGAGACAGCUGGGCUUUCAAAGUGGUUCAUUUUUAGAAAAUGCAAGAAGUGUUUGCUACCACUGAAGGUGCAUGAUAGACAUUUCCAGAUAAGGAGUCAGCUGCUCUUGCAGGGCAUGUACAGAGCUGGUAGUUGCUGAAACAGUGAGCUGCAGUGGGGAAGCUCAACCACCAACAUAAGGAGUCCUUAUUAGCUCCCUCGCCCCCACCUGCCUUCUGGGGGGAAAUGCUGCCCUCACUUAUUGGGCUAUUGCAAGGGUGACAUAUUCCUUGAAUCCUCCAAAUUGCUAUCUUCCUGUCUGUAGUGAUGCUGAUUCUGGGUUGUUGUUUUAGUGUGUGCCGGUUAUGGAGAGAGUGUUCCCGCCGAAUCCUUAGAACCCAGCAGAGUGUUGUCUGGGUCUCCACAGUGGAACCAAGGCCUUCAAGCAGUCAUGCUCUGGUUCAGGUGUUGGCAGAGGAGCUUGAGGUAAGUGAAUGGAACAUCUUUGAACAGUUAUAUACUUGGAUCUUUAUAUAUAUACUAUAUAUCUUGGAUCCUUGGUUGAGAUUCCUGCAUUUGCAGGGGGUUGGACUAGAUGACCCUUGAGGUCCCUUCCAACUCUACGAUUCUAUGAUUCACAAUUGGUAAUCUCACAAGUACUGUUCCUCUGCUCCUCUUUAUGUACCUCCUAAAAUCCAGUUGGUGCUUCCCUGUUGAUUCUGUAGCAUUGCUAUGUAUUUUGCUUUAGGUGUGACAGUGCUUAUCAUACUUGUAACCUAUUGCAACUUGCUACUUGGUUGAUUGUCAGAUUUGGAGAAGCUGAGUUCUUAAAUGCUUGUCCUGUCCUAUAGUAUCAGCUGGUCUUUAGGUUUAAGGAGGUGUUUGAUACUGACAUGGGGUUCUCAGCUCAAAUUCUGUGCACAUAUACCUUUGAGUAAGCCAGUUGAACACACUGGAACUUGCUUCUGAGCAACCAUGCAUUUAUCUGUAUGUGAUAUAGUGUUUUCCUGAACGUAUCUAUUCAGAAGUAAGUCCAGCUAAGCUCAGUGGGAGUUGCAAUAGGCAAGUGUCCUUAGGAUUACAGUCCUAAACUAUAAGGGUUUACAGUGGAACCUUGGUUCUUGAAUGCCUAUGUACUAGAACAUUUCGGCUCCAGAACGCCGAAAACCUGGAAGUAAGUGUUCUGGUUUUUGAACGUUUUUUGGAAGCCGACCGUCCGGCUGUUGGCUUGUUUCCGGGGAGCUGCGCCAGUCGGAAGCGGAGCCUUGGUUUCCGAAUGUUUUGGAAGUCGAAUGGACUUCUGGAACAAAUUACGUGCGAGAACCAAGGUACCACUGUAUAGUCUUUUAUGUAUGCAAUAUUUUAAUAGAAAAAAAUACGUUGACCUAGAUUACCAUAUAGAGUGGUAGAACAUAAAACAGAGAGAACUCAAAACUGCUUCGUAUGCAGACUGUAUCCAGAACUGCUUCUUGACAUUAGAUAGUCACUCUAACAAUAAUGUUUUAGAUGCGUGUUGAAAACUUUGGCCCUGAAGAAUCAUAUUUUGUAAACGAUGUGUGUGAAUGAUGGUGUAAAUACAUAUAGUAACAGACACACUUUCAGACUCUUCUGGGCCAGCCCAGGACAUUUUGCUGCCUGCGGCAGAGCAGGUAAUGGUGCAGUGCCCCACCCCCCUCAUUUUCAAUACAUGCAGUACUCAAAGUAUGUCACGUUAUUUGGCACCUGAGGCAUAAAAUCUCUCAAGCACUUCUCUUUCCCCUCUCCUUUCAGCAGUAAAAAAGCACAAUAAUAAAUUAAAUACUAACUAUUUCACGGUACUCCAAAUCAGCUGCUUGAGGGCUGGCCCUGGAGCUCUCAAAAAGUAAAAUGAUUCUUUAUGCUCGAAACCAAGCAUGUUUUGUAUUGGGAUGUCUAUAACUUUAAAAAGAAACAAGAUAUAUGUUAGGGGGUUUAAAUAGUCCCCCCCCCCCAUUUCCUGCUAUGCUUGUUCUUCCUUUGAAAGAGAAGUUCCUGUUCAUUCACCUCUCCAGUUUCUGUUUUCUUAUACUCAACUUUUACUUUACAGAAGGUUCAGGUGCUGCCCCAGACAGUAUUGUAUAUAGCAGAUGCAGAGUCUUUCAGUGAACACGAAGAGUGUCCAAGCCACAGGCAGAAGAAAGGUGAGCAUCUAUGUUGGGUUUCCUUCUGCCUUGAAGAAGCUUUGCUCCGCAUCCUUUCUGAUUUUAUACAUUUAUACAUGGAAGCACUUGUGUGAGGGAUCUGAUUUUAUCCAGUGGAUGAAGUCCGGAGGAAUUUAAAUAGUAAAUAGCAUUGAAUAGCCUUGGCAGCCAGCCAGAAGGUUUAGUCUCCACCAAUGCUGUGGGAAGAGGUAAAGUCUGAGCUCCAAGACCCAGGAUCAUUGUUGCAACAAGUCCUGGCCCUGAUCAGUGGAGAUGGGGUACAGUUUGACACUGAUAGAGAUCAAGCUGCGGAGAGGCUUGCAAAACAAGACACGUUGGUGCUUUUCAAGCCUUUUGCUGGCCCAGCAGAAAGUGAGGCUCCUUGUGCUCUUUUCCUGGCUCAGGAGCAGAGCAGAGAAGCCUCCAAGGUCACAGGAAGGCUUUGAAAGUAGCAAGUUAUUUCCCUGCUUUCUUCAGACAUUUGUAGAGACAUGGUUAUACUGGAUGGCAUGAUACCUCCCUGUUUUGGCCACUUAUAAUUCUGGCCCUAUCAGAAGCCUGAACCAACACCUUAAUGUUCACACUCCUAGAAAAAAUGUGGACAGAUUGCCAAGUGGUUAAACAUACCUGGGGAGUACCCAUGCAUGCUAAAGCAGCUAAUUAAAAAUAUCAUGGAGACCUGGCAGUUUUUUCCAGCUGUACUGCUGAUUCAGUGUGAACUUGUGCAAAUUGUUUUUUCUUGUAGCACGAAGAAGAAAUAGCAAAGAAACAGCCACUGCCUUAGAAAAACUAUUGCCCAGACGAUGCCAAGUCCUUGGUCUAGUGACACCUGGAGUUGUAGGUAAGAAACAGCAGUACAUUCAGCUGUCUGCACCUUGCCCAAUGUUAGCACACUUGCAAACCACUCCUUCCACUGGCCCAAAAUACAAUGGUAUUCUGUAAAAGUAAAUGAGGGAGGGGCAAAUUCCGACCCUUCACAAAGUAAGAAACAGUUCACACUAGUUGAUGGGCCCCAUGAGUGCAUGCCCCCCCCAGCUGCAUUUAUACCAAGCCAGACCAUUGGUCCACAGGUUGCCACAGACGGCAACCAUUUUGCCCACAUUCAGGUGACGUGUGACCACCGAUCUGCAGGUCUUUUUGGACCUGGAAGAGGGUGGAAUGGAGUAAGGCGGGCUUAUGUGUGCUCUGUUGCCGUGCGUGGGGGCCAGGUACACUACCCCCGCACAAAUUGGGGGUUGCCUGUACUGUCUACAUUGACUGGCCUUCUCUCCAGUUUCAGGCAUGAAUGUUUCGCAGCCUGGCUGAGAUAUGUCAGGGAACAAGCCUCUUUAUACUCAAAGCAUCUGCUCUUGCCCAGAGGUGUGACACACCCCCCCCACUUCCCUUCUGCUCAUAGGUUUGCCUGGGAAAUGAGCCUAGGAACUCUCAUACCCCAAAUCAUUCCUAGCUGUCUGAAAUCCUGUUUAACCAGAGAGUAAGCCUGGGACCUUCAGCCUACUAGGAAUGUGCUCUUAACAACUGCACUGUGGGCCUCUUGCCUAUGGAUUUUAAAGUCACAUGUGUGGGUUUUUUUAAAACUUCCUGCAGGAUGUGUCAGAGAUUAGUAAGAGCCUUCUUGGUUUAGCUGACAGUGCUUUGGGGUCAUAUUGCUUUCAAAAUGGGACCAUUUAAAAAAAAAAUUCUUGUGAAACUACAUGACUAGGAGAUGGGGAAGCAGCAGCAGACAGAUGUCAAGAUUCACCUGCUUUUGAACUCUCCUCCUUAGUUACUCCAAUGGGGUCUCGCAGCAAUCGGCCUCUGGAAGUUGAAGAUGGUGAAGCUGGCUUUGCAAUAUUGUUCCCCAAGAUUGAUGGGGUGAAGAUUCAAACCUUCCACUUUUGUAAAGACUUGAAGACCAGGGUCUUUGAUGAAAGCCAAUUUGCUGAAGCAGGUACCUAAUGACUAAAACACUGUAGUAGUAAAAUAUUAAAGCUUAGCAGCCAAAUUUGCAAUUUAAGCUAUUGACUGAGUAUGGAUUCAGGAGAGAACUAUGAGGGGGAUAAAUGUUUAAGCAGAUGUUUAAGCAAACUAUGAGGGGGAUAAAUGUUUAAGCAGAUAAAUCUUUAAGCAGAGGCUUGACAACCAUAUGUCAGGAGUGCUCUGAUGGUGUUUCCUGCUUGGCAGGGAGUUGGACUCGAUGGCCCUUGUGGUCUCUUCCAACUCUAUGAUUCUAUGAUUCUAUGUUUUUAAGUGUGCAUUGAAAGAGAAUAUUAGAUAUACACCUAAGUGCUUAUAGUGUGAAUGCAACAAAAAGUGUUUGGAUGUGUGUGUGCCAUGCAAGUAUCUUUGGAGAGCUAGAAUUGGGGCCAUUGUAUGCAUUAUGCAGCCACAGAGACAAGCACCAUGAGCAAAAGGUGAAUGAACUGACUUUAUAUUAGACAAAGGAAAGGAAGAUUGUGACUACAAUGCAUACACAUCAUUUUCAAAUAUUUAAAAGCCUCUUUGAAAUGAGUGAAGGGGCAGGUACUUUCUGUACUGCCAACUGAUAGAAGAAGAGGCAUAAUAGUUUUAUGCUUAAGGGAGUGGGAUUCUGGCAAAACACCAGGGAGAACACUUUUUAAAUAUGAAGGUCACCGCCUUCCUCCUUCAGUGUUUCUAAAGGAAACAGGCACUUGUCAAGGGUGUUUUAGAUAUAAAGUAUCCAGGAUUGGGGAAAUAGGCUUGGAUUGAAUUAUGCAGUGGAUGCUUUCUCAGCGGUCUCAUUCUAGGUUAUUUUGGUGACCUUCCCUGCGUCCUGUGCAAGCCUUAGAAGUGUCUGAUUACCCUUAUAUAAAUGUUUUGUAACCAGUUCUCGAGAAGAAGCAAAUUUGCAUUGUUUCCCAAGCCUCUUUUCCCCAUGGUAUUUUUCUCAUGGGAGUUUUUGAAAUAUUCUGUGUUGUCCUGAUUAUCCUGGAAAAGGAUAUUCUUUAACCCCUCAGGAAUAAUAGCAUGGAGAUGUUUUGUUAAAAAUGUUCUCCACAGUCCUCAUCUUCCCCACCAGCCACAGUAAAAAAAGGGGGGGAAAAGAAGAAGAAUCUUUGCUCCAGUGGACAUGCAGUUUAACCUAAAGCAUCUAAUAGAUCUGUUGUCCAGGUUGGAGCAUCUCCCUUGUGAAGAGUAACAAGUCCAACUUGUUUUUAUAGGCCUUUUUAACUUUGGGGAACGUAACUUAGAUAUGCUGGGUGUGUUGUUUACCUGACCUCAAAGGAAGUUGGUUACUUCCUGCACUAUGGGGUUGGUGUAUUCUGACACGUAAAAUGCUAGCUACUGGUUAAAAUCACCAUGUGCAGAGCAAAACAAAACACAACAUACAAUUAGGGGCUGCACGAAACCUUCAGGAUUGUAUGCUUAAGAGGAGGUCAUAAACAGCUAGAGGGCCUGAAUGAUAACAACAAAUCUUUAUAGAGCCUCUGCCUUUAUGAUAUGCAUUCUGCUCUUUGAGCCUUUAGGGAGAAGUAGCCCAGAAAACAAAAGUGAUGCAGUUCAUCCAGUCCAGAUGCAAGACUGUCUUGCCUGUUGUUGUUCCUGCCAAAAGACAACAUUACAGAGGUUGAUCCUUUCCCCCGUCUCUUUCUGUAACCAGGCCUGAAGAAUAAUCCCGAUCUCAGAGUGGUUCUUUUGUUUGGGUACAACACAUGGAAGUCAGGAGGAACCCGAUUUCUACACCAAAUAGUCAAUCGCUUGAAUGAAAAAAGCAUCAUCUUGGCUGGCGGACACGUGGAGAGCUUUACAUCUCUAACUUCUGAGAAGUGGGUAUCUUUGGAAGAAUGGGGAUCUCUCUGCCCUCAGGUGUCCACUAGAACCCUGUAUUGCCUAAUGAUCUCUUGUGUACCAGAUAGUUAGUUUAGUGUCCACCCAUUUCUGAAAAUCUCAGCUUCUGUUUAUUUAAAAACAAGUUUCUGACUCUCAAGGUCUGCUGAAAUCUCUUGAGGCUAGAGGUGGUGAUGAUUGCUUAAUAAAAGCCAUGAUGAAUCAGAACAAAGGUCCAACGUCCUGUGUAUCGCAUAGUGGUCAGUCAGAUGAUAUGAGAGACCUUCUGGCAGACAUGAAAGCAGUAUCUCUCUUCUGUUAUCUCCUCAGCAACUAGCAUUCAGUGGCAUAUAGCCACCAAACCUAGCAGUUCCAUUAUCCCAUGUGCUUUGUUUGAUCUGUUCUCAUUCUCCUGUCAAUGUCAUUGGGUUAGAAGAGGGAAUAAAACUGCUAUCUAAUUUUUCCACAACAUGCCCUCCCUUAGAACUUUGUGAUCUCCCUAACAGCCACAUCUGUCUCAAAUAAUAAUUGGUUUGGUAUGUAACAGGGCACAAUGGAUUCAUUGUUUUUCAUUGUCUUGGAAAAUAGAUUAUCUGGGUAUUGGAUCGUGGUUAUUGGAGUCGGAUCACUACCUUUUGAAGGCAUAGAAAACAUAACUGGUUCUAACGUUUCAAGGAACUCCUUAGAUUCCUGAAUCCUCUGUUGAAUUAAUAGCUGUACUUAACAUAGAACUGAAGCAGCUGAGCCUGGGAGAAACGUGGCUAGAUUACAGAUUUCUCUUUAUUUUUGCUAAAACACUGAUUGCGGCAUUUAUUUAUAAAAGCUAUGUCAUGGCCGUUGCAAAUGAAACCUUUUUUUUGAGGCUGGUAACUGUAUCUGCUUUGAUAUUUGAAGCUUGGAAGGCACAGCUCCAAACACAGCAGAUCGCUUUAGCUGCUAGCCCAUGCACGAUUGUGCUUGGGAGUGUGCGGGAGAUCAGCUGUGUGUUGGAUUCGUUCUUUUCUGUUUGGUGAAAAUUAUUCAGGAGAGGGUGCUAAACAACAUGUGGUUGUUUGGCUGCUAUUCAGAAGUGCAUCCUGGACCUAGCUUUCCUGAUUGGUUACUAAUCAGUCCAGCCUUCCCUGAAGAAUGUUGCUGAGCUGAACAGGGGCCACCAGUGCAGGUGCUGUGAGCUUCCUAGAUGAGCUUGCUGUGGUUUUUUGGCUUGCAUUUGAAAUCUUGGCAAUCUUAAUUUGUGCAUGGCAUAUCAAGCCAUGUACAUCCUCUCCCUUUCCCAAUGAAUCCAUGGCAAAUGCAUGGGCUUCUGAAAGUCUGAUAGUGUAGGGAUGAAUAUAAACAGUGAUGUGCUACUUCUGUACACAGAUGUAGCAGCUUACAUUCCAGUGGUGUUCUAGCAGUUGUCAGAAUGAAGUGUCCCUCUCAAAUCAGUCUGUAUUAUUAUAUGGUGUUUACUCAGUGUACAGUACAACUGGAACAGGCAUGAUGUCAGGUGAAUUAUGGUCAAAUCACAUCUUCGUAGCAAAUUAACCAAAGGGAGGCAGAACUUUCACCACUUACCUCUCUCUUACAGUCCAUUUGAAGUCUAGUCUGAGGAUACAGUACUUUUUAAUUCAAGAAAUAAGCACCACUCAUUGAUCUGGGGGAAUCUUGCAGGAUAGCUGAUGCCUUAAUGUUAACUUGCAGUUGUAUAAUGAAGUAAUUUACUCGUAUUAUUUAUUUGGGUUGGCAGCCAGUAGGUUCGCAGUAUUCCUGGCAUGCCUCCCACCCAAAAUGACAUUCUAUAAAUCAGCACAGAACAAAAUCUUCAAUAGUGUACAGCAGGUGUGGUGAUGAUCAUGAUGAUCAUGAUGAUAAUCUGGCUGGGUUUCCCCAGCCACUCAGAGCUGCUCCCAACAGAAUAUUAAAAACAUAAAAUGUCAAACAUUAAAAACUUCCUUAAACAGGGCUGCCUUCAGAUAUCUUCUGAAAGUCAGAUACUAUAGUUGUUUAUUUCCUUGACAUCUGAUGGGAGGGCGUUCCACAGGGCAAGCGCCACUACCAAGAAGGCCCUCUGCCUGGUUCCCUGUAACCUCACUUCUUCCAGGGAGGGAACCACCAGAAAGCCCUCGGAGCUGGACCUCAGUGUCCGGGCAGAACGAUGGGGAUGGAGACGUUUCUUCUGGUAUACUGGGCCGAAGUUCUGAACCUCUUCAGAACUUUCUUUCAGAAUUAUUUUAAACAGUUAUAUACGCAGGAGACUCAGAAAGACCUAGACAUUGACCGAUUUCUGGAAAAUAAUGGAUUACAAAAAAUAUCUCAAGAUAGUAAAUCAAUAUUAAACUCUACAAUAUCUGACCAAGAAGUGGAAGGAGCCAUUCAGAAUAUGAAAUUGGGCAAAUCUCCAGGGCCGGAUGGAUUAACUGCAAAGUACUACAAAACUUUGAAAGAAUGGUUAUUGCAACCGUUGAAAGAACUUUGUAAUGAAAUACUACGGGGAGGAAAAGCACCCGAGUCGUGGAAAGAAGCAUACAUUACACUUAUACCAAAAACCGAAGGGGAGAAGACACAGUUGAAGAACUACCGUCCCAUAUCCCUACUAAAUGUGGAUUACAAAAUUUUUGCUGAAAUUAUGGCUAAAAGAUUAAAAAAUGUAUUGGUAAAAGAGAUUCAUAAAGACCAGGUGGGUUUCCUACCUGGGAGACAUUUGUCAGACAAUACUAGGAACAUCAUUAAUAUUUUGGAAAAACUGCAAGUUAAUAUUAAUACUAAAGCUGUUCUAAUAUUUGUAGAUGCAGAGAAAGCGUUUGAUAACAUUUCUUGGAGCUUUAUGAAGAAAAAUCUGCAGGGGAUGGGGGUAGGCCAAAGUUUCGAAAAUGGUAUAAGUGCAAUCUAUUCGGAACAAAAAGCUAAGCUUAUUGUGAAUAACGUAGUUACAGAAGAAUUUAAGAUAGAGAAAGGAACAAGACAGGGUUGCCCAAUCUCCCCAUUGCUUUUUAUAUUGGUCCUCGAGGUUUUGCUCAAUAUGAUUAGAAAAGACCAAUUGGUUAAAGGUAUACAACUCGGAGCUAAACAGUACAAAUUGAAAGCUUUCGCUGAUGAUUUAGUUUUGACAGUACAGGAGCCAGAAGCUAGUACAAAAAGAGGGUUACAAUUAAUACAAGAAUUUGGUCAAGUAGCAGGUUUUAAAUUAAACAAGAUGAAAACUAAGGUAUUAGAGAAAAAUCUUACAGAGAUAGAGAAGGAGAGGUUUCAGAAAGAGACAGGAUUAACAAUUGUUAAUAAAGUGAAAUAUCUAGGGGUGAAUAUGACUGCCAAAAAUGUGAAUCUGUUUAAAGAUAAUUAUGAAAAAUGUUGGUCAGAGGUGAAGAAAGAUUUAGAAAUAUGGUCAAAAUUGAAGUUAUCAUUGUUGGGCCGAAUUGCAGCGAUAAAGAUGAAUGUAUUGCCUAGAAUGUUGUUUUUGUUUCAAACACUACAAAUUGUGGAUAAAAUGGACUGCUUCAAGAGGUGGCAAAGAGAUAUUUCCAAAUUUAUCUGGCAGGGCAAAAAGCCCAGAAUAAAAUUUAAGAUACUAACAGAUGCAAAGGAAAGAGGGGAUUUGCCCUGCCAGAUCUUAAACUUUACUAUGAAUCAGCCGCUUUUUGUUGGCUGAAAGAUUGGCUACUUCUUGAAAAUGUGGACAUUUUAGAUUUAGAAGGUUUCGAUAAUGUGUUUGGGUGGCAUGCAUAUUUAUGGUACGACAAAGUCAAAGCGCAUAAGGCCUUCAAGAAUCAUAUUGUCAGGAAAGCAUUAUUCAAUGUUUGGGUGAGAUAUAAGGAUUUGUUGGAAAGUAAAACACCAAGGUGGCUGUCACCAAUGGAGGCUAAGGUUUUGAAAAAAACAAAUAUGGAGACAAACUGGCCAAAAUAUUGCGAAAUCUUAGAACAAGUCGGAGAUAAACUAAAAUUGCAGAGCUUUGACAAAUUAAAAACUAAAGUCCGAGAUUGGCUGCAUUAUUAUCAAAUAAGGGAGGUUUUUAACUUAGAUAAAAAGAUAGGUUUCCAGGAGGAAAAAUCUAAACUGGAAACGGAAUUGUUAGAACCUAAAACCAAAAAUCUGUCAAGAAUGUAUAAUCUGCUGUUGAAAUGGAAUACACAGGAUGAAAUGGUUAAAUCUGCUAUGAUUAAAUGGGCGCAAGAUGUGGGGCAUAAUAUUAUGUUUGCUGACUGGGAACGGUUAUGGACCACAGGUAUGAAAUUUCCGGCCUGUAACGCCUUAAGAGAAAAUAUAAUGAAAAUGAUAUACAGGUGGUACUUAACCCCAGUCAAGCUAGCAAAAAUUUAUCAUCUGCCUGAUAAUAAAUGUUGGAAAUGUAAAGAAAAUGAAGGUACUUUCUUUCACCUUUGGUGGACGUGCCCAAAGAUCAAGGCCUUCUGGGAAAUGAUAUAUAAUGAACUAAAAAAGGUAUUGAAAUAUACUUUCUUGAAGAAACCAGAGGCUUUCCUCUUGGGCAUGGUCGGCCAACUGGUGCGAAGGGAAGAUAGGAAUUUCUUUAUGUAUGCGACAGCAGCAGCAAGAAUACUCAUUGGGAAAUACUGGAAGACACAAGAAUUGCCUACCCAAGAAGAAUGGCAGAGAAAAGUGAUAGACUACAUUGAACUGGCUGAAAUGACCGGCAGAAUUCGAGAUCAAGAAGAAGGGUCGAUGGAAGAAGAUUGGAAAAAAUUUAAAACAUAUCUUCAGAAAUACUGUAAUAUAAAAGAAUGUUAGAAAAGGUUGGAGAAGAAUGUUAGAUCGUAUUGGCAGACAGAGUAUAAUGGAAUAAGUAAAUAUGAAGUGUAAAAUAAAAGAUAGAGGAGAAUUAAAUAUUUUUGAAUGUUAAAAUAAGUAAAUGAAAAGAAGGUUAGAAGGGUUUGCUGGAGAUAAGAUUCAAAUUAGAAUACAAAGCAGAGAAGUGAGAGGAAGCCACGGAAAUAAGUAAAUGGGAAAACGGUUCUAAUGGUUUAAUUUGAUUUUUUGUUAUUUUUGUAUUGUGAUUUUUUUUUGUCUUUUAUAUUUUUUUUUCCUCUUUGUAUCGUGUGUUGUUCUUUUUCUGUAGGAUGUAUGUGAUUUGUUUUUCUUUUUUUUGCUUUUUUCUCUCUAUGUAAUCUUAAAAUUGGAAUAAAUAUUCUUUAAAAAAAAAAAAUGAACCUCUUCAGAACUUUAUAAGUUUAUACAGCGUGGGCUAGAUAACCAUUGUGCUGCUUUUCUAAAGCAUUUUGCAAGUUCUUUAGUUUGGUAAGGGGAAUUUUCAUCUUUUGGACAGCAGCCAUUGGUUGAACUGCACUCUGUCCAUUUAAAGGUUAAUAAUGUAGCUUUUCAGCAAAGGGUGUUGUAAUGAGUAUGAGUUACUCGUGCGUAAACUGGUGCCUCUCUAGGCUGAUUUGCCUUGUUAAACCUUUCUGACUGCACAGCCCCUUCUGAUCAUGACUGUCUCAGUCACUAGCAGAAUCCGUCAGUGGGCGUUUCUUGAAUCUCUUCCAACAUAAGAGUUGUUUGACACCCAAUCGCCUCCGCCUCUCACUGCGCGGGAGCCUUCUGCGCAGGGUGGGCGUGGGUAGAGGGGACCUGUCCCCUCCUCACUGAGUUCCAGUGAAGAGUCCGUGAGCCCUCUCUCCGAUUUUCCCAUCUGCUCACUUUUGUUCCUGGUGUUGCGCUUAAAUGCUUCCCCCUCCACUGAGUCGCCUCUCCCCCUGCUGCUGGGUCCUUCUCCAGCAUCAUCCAGGAGCCUCCCCUUCGCCUCUCGCUCUGAUGUCAGUUCCCUGACAUCCACCUCCCCCCCAGAAUCCCCUCCACCCCUGGGCCGACCUGUGGGACCAACUCGUCCCCUUCGUCGGCCGAGGAGGCGGGAAACCCCGGAAGGAACUGUCACCAUCUUCCGUGGGUUCGAAACCCGCUUCCCAAUCGCUCUUCCACCUACCAACGGGGUGGUCUUCCCCGUCUGAUGCUUCUUCCUCCGAAACCUCUCCUCCCUCCUCGGAGUCAGAAAAUCCCUCAAAAACCUCUUCCUCAUCUGUGGUUCCAAAUUGCUCCUCCCAGAAUCUCUCCAGGGGUUUGGGUUUGUCCGGGAACCGGUGGUGGAAUACCUCCACCAGAUACCUGUCCUCGACGGCUUCCGUGGGGACCCACGUGGUUCGGACCUGGGUUCCCCUUCCCACGCUACCAAAUACUCCACCCGGCGCCCUUGCCACCUUGAGUCCAGUAUUUCCGUGGCCCUGUGGUGGUGUUCCCUUUCUUCUACCUGCGGGUGUGUGGUGACUUCUCCCUCUUGCCCCUGGAAUUCCCGCCCUUCCCUAUGCGGUGAAAGCAGGGACCUAUGGAAAACCGGGUGUAUUUUCAUGCUAUCAGGCAACCUGAGCUUAAAUGCCACGGGAUUAACUUGCUGUGUUACCUCAAAAGGUCCCAGCCGUCUGGGCUGCAACUUCUUGCACCCCCCUUUGAAAGGUAGCCCUUGGGUGGACAACCACACCCGGUCCCCCACCCGUAUGGUCUCCCCUCCCUGCGGUGCUUGUCUGCCUGCCUCUUGUAAGUUUCCUUGGCCCGCUCCAAGUUCAUCUUAAGUUGCUGGUGUAGGGCCUCCAUUUCUUCCACAAACUGCUCUGCGGCGGGUACGCUCCAGCUUUCCUCCCCACUCCCGGGAAGGCCCUGGGAUGACACCCAUGGUUGGCCAUGAAUGGGCUCAUUCCCGUGGACACGUGUUCCGCGUUGUUGUACGCGAAUUCAGCCAGCGCUAGUUUUUCUACCCAAUCGUUCUGCCUCUCGCUGACAUAGCAGCGUAGGUAUUGCUGGAGUAUACUGUUCGCUCUUUCUGCUUGCCCGUUGGUCUCUGGGUGUCUCGCCGUCGAGAAACCCACCUCCACCUGCAGUAAGCUCAUGAGUUUCCUCCAGAACCGGGAAGUAAAUUGUUUUCCGCGGUCGGAGAUAACCCUCAAGGGGGCGCCAUGCAGCCGGAAUAUGUGCUCCACAAACAACCGGGCUGUUUCCUCUGCCGUUACAGCAUGUGAGCAAGCUAUAAAGUGGCACAUUUUUGUCAGUAGGUCGACCACUACCAUGACUGCUGUCUUUCCCGGGACUUGGGCAAAUCUGUCAUAAAAUCAAUGGAUACCACCUCCCAGGGUUUCCCGGCGUGGGUAAGGGUUCCAGCAAUCCUGUGGGGCAGCCCGCUCCCCUUUGCCCUUUGGCAGCGGUCGCACCCCGUACAUAUUCCCGUACAUCCUCCCUCACCCUGGGCCACCAGAACUGCCUGGUCACAAGCAUCAUGGUUUUGUGCUGUCCAAAGUGCCCUGCUGUGGGGUUGUCGUGGAGUUGUUUGAGUACCUUUUCCCUCAGGGUCUCCCCCGGUACGUACAGCGCUCCCCUAUAGUACAGUACCCCUUCCUUCUCCUCAAACCCUUCUUGGGUCCCUCUUCCGUCUCGUAGUUCCCGGAUUUUAGUUUGCGCGAACACGUCGUUUCUGGUCAGCCCGGCUAGUUCUCGUUUCCCCACCAAAGUUCCCCACACACCCAUCGGUCCUCGGGGAUCACGUGUCGUUUCUCCGGCGGCCCUCUCCUUCCAGGUACUCCGGUUUACGCGAGAGAGCGUCUGCUCUUACGUUUUCUUCUCCGGGCACGUAGCGGAUUUCAAAGAAAAACUUGGAGAACUCCUGUGCCCAUCGAAUCUGUCUCUGGUUGAGUACUCGUGCGGUUCUCCAGUACUCCAAGUUCUUGUGAUCUGUGCAAACCUGGAUCUGUUGUUGCGCCCCUAUCAGUAGAUGACGCCAACGACGAAAGGCCGCGUAGAUUGCCAGCAGUUCGCGGUCAUACACUGUAUAGUUUUGCUCCGACUUGCUCAGUUUUCUGGAGAAAAGGCACACGGUUUCCAUUCCUGCUUUCCCUUCCCUGACUGCAAAAGGACCGCCCCCACGGCUCUGUCGGACGCGUCGGUCUCUAGCCUCAGGGGUUUCUCCAGAUCCACGUGCAGGAGCUGCUCUUCCGAUGCGAACGCCUUCUUCAGUUUUUCAAAGCAUUGCUGGGCCUCUUCUGUCCACACAAACUUCUUUUUGCUACUGAGACAAUCCGUGAUUGGCGCUGUCAAGUGGGCGAAGUUCUUGAUGAACUUCCUGUAGAAGUUGCUGAACCCUAGGAACCUCUGUACGUCCUUCCGUGUCUUGGGAGCCUUCCACUCCAGCACUGCCUGCACCUUGCUUGGGUCCAUCGCUAAGCCUUUGUCAGACAACUUGUACCCCAGAAACUCGACUUCUCUGGCGUGAAACUGACAUUUUUCCAGCUUGACCCACAACUGGUGCUUCUGCAGUCAUUGUAACACUUCCCUGACGUCUCUAACAUGUUGUUCCUCAUUGUCCGAAUAAAUUAAGACGUCGUCCAAGAAGGCUACGCAGUUCUUGUACAGCAGAGACCCCAACACGUGGUGCAUGAAAGCUUGAAAACAGGCGGAGCCUGACUGUAAUCCAAAAGGCAUAACUAAGUACUCAAAGGCACCUAGGGGUGUGAACAUUGUGGUCUUCCAUUCGUCCCCCUCCCUCAUCCUGAUCAAAUUGUAUGCGCCCCUGAGGUCCAGCUUGGUAAAAAUUUUGCCUUUCCUCACUCGCGUUAAAAUGUCGUCAAUCCUGGGCAUUGGGAAGGUCACGGGUUCUGACACCAAAUUGACAGCUCUAUAGUCCACUACGAGCCUGGGUUUAUUUGUGUCCUUUUUGUCCACAAAGAACACCGGACUGCCCCCUACUGCCUUUGAUUCUCUUAUGAAGCCUCUUUUCAGGUUCUUGUCGAUAAAUUCUCGCAACUCCUUCAUCUCCCUGUCUGACAUGGCGUACAGCUUACCCACUGGCAGCUGAGCCCCCGGAAGCAAGUUGAUCUGGCAGUCAAAGGGCCUAUGGGGUGGCAGUCUAUCUGCCUCCUUUUCGCUGAAGACCUCCCGCAGAUCUGCGUAUUGUGGCGGCACCUCCCCUUUCCGCUCCACCGCCAUCCCAGCCACCCUGGCCACGGUCAUUCUUGGGGCUUCCCCUAGACAGUGUUCCAGGCAGUAAGCUGAUCCAAAGGUGACUGUCCUCUGAUGCCACGCCACCACUGGAUCAUGUUGUGCUAGCCAGCUCAUCCCUAAUAUUAUUGGGGGUCCUGCUAGCGAGGCGACGUGAAAGGCGAUGGUUUCCGAGUGCCUGGACACCCUCAUUCUCAUUGGCGGGGUUUGGUGUGUCACUUCCCCUCCUAGAAGCUCCCUGCCAUCAAUGGUGGUCACUUGCAAGGGAAAAUCCAAAGGCAGUAAGUGGAGCUGGUGCUCUAAUGCAAAGUCCUUGCUGAAGAAAUUACAUGAGCUGCCUGAAUCCAGCAUGCCUUUCACCUUGACUGGGUGCCCGUUCGGGAGUUCUAGCACCACUUCGAUGGCUAUUGCCGCCUUGGGGGGGUCUGGUUGGGGCACUUUUACUGGUGGCUGGCUUGGCUGUUGUGCCCCUUGAUUGGCAGCCAAGCGUUCUCGUUUCCCUGUUCCUGUUCCUUUACCACCUCCUCCUCACCCCCUGCGGUUCCCACCAUUCCUUGCCAAGCCUUUCUUUGAGGGCAGGCUCUGGCAAAAUGCCCUGGCCGCUGGCAAAGGUAACACCUUUUGGAGGUUUUCCAAUCCUUUCCCUCCUUCUUGCGCCCUUCGCUGGUGCUUGAAACUUCCCGCGCGCGCCCCAUCUAUUUCCAUUGGCUCUGCUGGCGGGGAGGGCUGCCUUGGUAUUUCAGGAAUGCGGUAGUCAUGGCAACGUUGCUCUCUCCCUUCCCGCCUCUCCUGGGCCCGCGCUUCCUGGCGCGCGCCAAUCGCAAGCACAGCCUUGGUCAGCUGAUCCAUCCCCUGUGGGUGGGGUGCGCGGGAAAGUUCAUCCUUAACCGUUGGGGACAACCCCUCCUCGAAUAACAUCUGUAUGGGUUCGGAGCCCAGUUCCCACCCGAGGCGAUGAACUAUCAUGGCAAAGCGCGACCAGUAGUCCCUGACUGACUGGCCCCCUGUUUACAGUUCAUCAAUUCCCGCUUAGUCACCCGUUGUGAACAUCAGUGGAAAACAUCGCGUCCAUCGCUUGGAAGAAUUUCCUCAGGUCCUGCAUGGCGGAAUUCUGCGUCGCCAUAAGGGGUCUGACCCAUUCUCUGGCCCCGUCCUGCAGGUGACCCACAACAUAUGCCACCCGCGCCGCGUCGUCUUCAAAAUCGUUAUGCUGCAAGUCCAAUGCGUACUCUAUUUCCGUUCUAAACGCACUGUAUUCUUGCGGCUUCCCCCCAAACUUGUGCACCAGUCCCGGUACCUUCCUUGCUAUGGGGGUGGGUCUGACCUGUGCAUCUUGAGACCGCCUUUCGUCCAGCCGUGCCGUCAGAAUGGCCACAUGCUGCUCCAAAUCUCGGUUCCUCUCCUCCAGCGUUUGCCCUCCAGCUGCCUGCUUCUCCGGGCUUGCUCAUGAUGCUGCCUGCCUGCUGCUGCGCACGAGCAACUUUCAGGGACUGACGGAUUGCUGUAAUGAGUAUGAGUUACUCGUGCGUAAACUGGUGCCUCUCUAGGCUGAUUUGCCUUGUUAAACCUUUCUGACUGCACAGCCCCUUCUGAUCAUGACUGUCUCAGUCACUAGCAGAAUCCGUCAGUGGGCGUUUCUUGAAUCUCUUCCAACAUAAGAGUUGUUUGACACCCAAUCGCCUCCGCCUCUCACUGCGCGGGAGCCUUCUGCGCAGGGUGGGCGUGGGUAGCGGGGACCUGUCCCCUCCUCACUGAGUUCCAGUGAAGAGUCCGUGAGCCCUCUCUCCGAUUUUCCCAUCUGCUCACUUUUGUUCCUGGUGUUGCGCUUAAAUGCUUCCCCCUCCACUGAGUCGCCUCUCCCCCUGCUGCUGGGUCCUUCUCCAGCAUCAUCCAGGAGCCUCCCCUUCGCCUCUCGCUCUGAUGUCAGUUCCCUGACAGGUGUUUAGCUACCUGUUACAGCACCUGUGAUUUCUUUCCCCUUGAAAAAUAGUAGUCUUUCAGGAGCAAAUACCUUUUGUUUGUCAACAUUUUAGCUUGGCUAGCUCCCAUUUGGAGCUUGUAGGUCAACAUCCUCAAAAGAUAAGCUAUCUGUUGAGCAAGUAUAGAAGGAAGCCCUACAUGGGUUAUGAAUCUGUCUGAGCUGAUUUUAAGAUACCAGUUGCUAGCAUGUUGGGAAAGGUACAGAUUCCAUUCUUCCAAACUUAUGGACCGCCUCUCCAAGACCCUGUGAUCAUCAUCUGAGGUCCUUCUUUGUGUGCCACUCCCACAGGAGAUCUGAAGGGUGGCAUUACAAGAAUGGUGGCCAUUUCUAUGGUGGCUCCUGCUUGUGGGAUGCUCUCCCAAGGGAGGCUGACCUGGCGCCAGGCAAAACCUUUCUCUUAUAUGAGGCCCUUGGCUAGUUAAACAAGCUAUGGCCUUUUAAACAGGGGGGGGGCUGGUAAAGGGUUUUUGUUUGUUAAAUAUUUUUGUGUAUUUAUAUUGUAAAUUCCUAGCAAUGUCUUCCAAAUAGUAAAGUCAAGCACACAAAUUAUGGAUCCCUCAGUAACAGACUUAGAUUCACCGGGGGGGGGGGGGCUAUAUAGAAAUAUUUAGCCAGGAAGGCAUUCACUAAAGAAAAGCUACAACACUGUUGUGUUAUGUAUUAUAAGUAUUUUUAUGUUAUACUACAAUUAUAUUCCCAAUGGAAGCACACAUAAACAAACAGAAUAACAAAGUAGGUCCUGUUGGAAAACAAUUUGCUUGUUUGGGAAGUUAAAAUUUUCUGGAUUCAUAAAUGUUCACAGCCUUCAAACAAGACUUUGGGGACGUGGGCAGGAACAUGCCGAGAGAAACAGUGGAGUGCCUAGUAUUUAUGUAUAAUAACAAUAUUCACAUUGUUUUUCUUGUUUUGUAUUGUAUAGAGUCUUGAUGAUGCUGUUCCAUUCUGACAACCCCCCUUUGUAAUAUGGUGUUUUGUUUCUCUUCUCUUUCAGUAACACUCAGGCUGCUGAUUCUUGCGGUGUUGUUGGCUUGGCUUUCAGUGGACCGCAGAUCCAGAGUGCGACUGUUCUGUUAGAUCAGGAUGUAAUUGAUGAGAGGACAGCAGAAGCAGCAGUGCAGCGCCUCAAAGCCACAAACAUUCCUGAACACAAUAGCCUUGGUUUUAUGUUCGCAUGUGUUGGCAGGGGAUAUCAACAUUAUAAAACCAAACGGAAUCUUGAGGCUGAUGCUUUUAGGAAGUUCUUUCCUAACAUUCCCCUCUUUGGCUUUUUUGGACAUGGGGAGAUAGGAUGUGAUCGAAUUGUGACCGGGAAUUUUAUACUCCGAGAGUAUAAUGACACAAAGGAUGACUUGCUCCAUGGUUACACCACUGUAAUGACCAUUAUCCAUCUGGGUUCAGCCAAAGCAAAUCAAGCUUAAACCUUUAGUUGUAAAUGUGCACCAGAGAAACGAUGCUGUUUUAAUUCCAGCAAUGUAAAAACAAAACAAAAUCUGAAACACUGUACACACUUCCAACAGAAGUGGAUCCUGAAACAAUUGUAAUCACUGUACCAUUGACUUAGGGUGUCUAGGUGGCAUAAUAUUAAAUUAAACUUGAUGAGGAAGAAAGGGUUUUUUAAAAUUUCAGAUUUGUCAGAUCUCUGGUAAAGGGUUCUAGUCAACUAACUUUUUGCUGAUAGUAGACCCACUGAAAUCUAUCUAAAUGAUGGCUACUAACUUCAUUGGAUGUAAUCUGACUAAAUGUUAGUUUAAUACAACCCAAAUAAUUUAUUUAUUUCUAAAUUUGCAAAUUAUUUAGGUCAGAGUUAAGUGAACUCAUAUCUUUAGAAGUAACAUAAUUAGCAUUUCUGCAUGCAGUUUAUGGACCAGAUUUUGACACAACGAUCAAGUUAAGCAUUAAACGAACUUUCAGUUAUGUUUUUAAAAAACGCUGUUGCUAUGCCUCUGUAUUACAGCAACAUUACAUUACAGUUUUCUACUGUGACAGCAACACUACUUUGCAGAAGGCUGGGCCAUCACAUAUGAAUAACAGGACAAUUCUCGAGCUAGAAAAAGUGGUUCGGAAGACCCUUCAAACCAAUCCACCCAGUCUUAGUGGUGUGUUGGAAAUGAAACCUUAUGCUGCCCUUGGCUUGUUUGCAACACUACUUCUCAAGCUGCUUUUGGCAGGAGGUUAAGCUGUUGUUGGACACAUGAUCACAUAAAUCACUUUGCUGUGUGGCAAAUCCUCGUGAGUGGAUGUGUUUGAAAUGUAAGACAAUGCUCUUUAUAUAAAGAUACCCACAAAGAGAUGGAAAUGAAUAAAUGGGGUUGAUAAGGCACUAACGAUAGUUUUCCAUAUCCUUACUGUUGGAUUUACAAAACUAAUUCCACUUCUUACAGAUGACAUCUUCCUUGGAACAGUAUGAAAGGAAUAUCUCGGUGUGGGGGACAAGGUGAAGCAAAAACAUGAAAGCAAGAGCCCGCAAUCUUUACUGGAAGUGUUCAGCUAGCUCUGAUUCACUGAACUACUCAGGAGUGCCAGUGUCACCGUAAGAUAAACAGCAUAUUUGGGGAACCCUCUGCGUGGGCUUCCUAUCUCUGGGUCAUUUCUGCAGGACCCUUUCCCAUCAACUAUAGGCUAUGAAAACUGUUGCAAUCUUUCUCAUUUGCACCCAAAAUAGCAAAUGAGCUUGUGGUCCUCUUAAAGACUAACAGGGUUAUUGUGGCAAAACCUCUUGUAGGUCAGAACCUACUACAAUAUAGGUUCAAAAAUCAGGUGUGAUCUUGGAGACAUUUGGAUGCUGCAUACAACCUGUUACCUUUUGCAUUUCACAAUCAUCCAUAUAUAUAUAUUUUAAAAUGCAUAUUAUGCCAGCCAAUAACAUGUAGCCCAUAAAAUUUAUGUCACAAUGAAUCAGUAUUCAAGGUGGUAUUAGCCACUCCGCUUUUGAAGUCACAAGAAGCUAAUUCACUUAACCUCAAUAGCUUCCUUUAAUUUGUUGCUUUUAAUUAGAGAGAUAAGGCUCUCUUCAGCUCAACACUGUCCUUUCUGCAUUUGAAAGCUCAACUCCCACAUUUAAAAACAACAAUAAUAUUUUUAAAAGUUUGCCAAACAAUAAGAAAUGUGAUAUAACUGUACUGUCUCUAGCCUUUUUAAAAUCUUAAUCUUUAAGGCUAGGGGAAAAGUAUAUAAGAAAUAUUCUCUAAGCUGUAGAAGAACAAGCACAUUUCUUUUACCAGGAUGGAAAACAUAUUAUUUAGCUCUCUUUAACGAGCAAAUCUGGAUCUCUAGAUUAUUCUUUUUCUUUUUCCUCUGGAAAAGCUGUGUGCAUAACAUUUUGACAAUUACAGCUUUUACUGGCGUGCAGAUGGUACCGGUGAGAGAAGUGUUGGUGAAUUCCUUCUGGGUUACACAACUAAUAAAAGUCUUAAGUAACCUGCUAGAAAUAAAAGCAGAUGUCAAUCUUAUUUUGGUCAACCAUUGGUAACCUUUUCAUCUGCCAUCUGUGCAACCCCUCAACUCCCAUCAGCCUCAGUCUUAGCAAAUGGUUAGGGAUGAUGGGACUUGUAGUUUAUAUCUUUGUUUGCAGAGCAAGAUGGCAACAACAAAGCAGCAGCAGUGAGGAAACCUCCCUAAAAAUGCCAUCUAUUUAAGUUAACUAUCUGAAUUGUGGACAACCAGCAGGAUAAAAUUAGAGGGACAGUUUAUAUUCAUACUUAGAUAUACCUGUAGUGAAGGCUCCUCUGACCUUAGCUGUUGAAAGGUAAUUGCAGACAAAACAUACCCCAGCUGCUUAUGCUGAUAAAAGUUCAGGAGGAUUUAAUUUAACAGUGAUGUCAUCAAGCAAGAUGGCUGCCUAACUCUCUUACUCUUAACACCCUGUGCACUAUCAAACCUCCCAUUUAAGCUGAAAACCUUAAAAAGUGACUCUGUGAAACAAGAUCUUUACAGAUUAUGCUCCAGGGAUCUCAUUUAACACCACAAAAGCCAUGUAUCAGGAAAUCAACCACAAACUUCUGAGCAGCAGGAAGAAGAACUAGGCUCAAGCAGGGCAGCUAAGACUGCAAAACUCUUAAGACGAAGUAUUUGCCAGUUUCCUUCUCCCUGAGCUCACUACCCACCUGGGAAAGCUGAGACAGGAUCUCAGGGAAGAUUUAGCAUUAGAACUAAAAGCAGCUUUGACUCCCAAGUGAGAAAAGACUCAACAAAACAGAAGCCCGGAUCUCUGAGGCCUCAAAGACUGCAAAUGAAGCUCUAAAGUUAGGAAUCAGGAGGCAAAAAUCAAGAAACUGGUGGCCAUAACUAGAGAAACACAGCUUUGUAUGAAGCAGACAUUCUUGUCGCUUCCAUCUGUAAGUGAGAGGCCUACCAGAAUUUCUGGAAGGCAAAGACUUACUCUCUUAUCUUCCCUAAUCUUAAAACUUAAGGCCUCCGAUCUAGAGUUUGCAUACAGAGCAGGCCAGUGCUUGCAAACUCAACCACAGGCCCAGAGACAUUGUUAUUGAAAGGUUUUUCCUCCUUUCCACUAAGCAGGCC